AAAACUCCAUCCUUCCCUCUCCUUUGGAUUUUCCAUCCAUCCGUUCUGCGUUUUGCUUAUCCUUCGGGAUUCGUUCAUCCUUUAAUUCCAAAACCUCUCCUUGCUUGCUCGCAAGCCGAAAACCUCAAUUUUUACACACUCACAUACCCAUAAUCAUUCAUUAUGGCUGCUGAUUCAACUGUCGUCUCCAACACGGAGAAUCUCAUGAAGUACAUGUCCCUGGACCAGCGUGGUUCUGUCCAGGCUGAGUACGUCUGGAUUGAUGCCGUCGGUGGUACCCGUUCCAAGACCAAGACCCUCUCCAAGCCCGUCAAGAGCGUUGACGAGCUCCCCGAAUGGAACUUCGACGGUUCCUCGACCGGCCAGGCCCCCGGUGACAACUCCGAUGUCUACCUCCGCCCGUGCGCUAUCUUCCCCGACCCCUUCCGCCAGGGUGACAACAUCCUCGUUCUCUGCGAGACCUGGGACUCUGAUGGCAGCCCCAACAAGUUCAACUACCGUCACGAGGCUGCCCGCCUGAUGGAGACCCACGCCAAGGAGGAGUUCUGGUUCGGCCUGGAGCAGGAGUACACUCUGCUCGGCACUGACGGCUGGCCCUACGGCUGGCCCCGUGGUGGUUUCCCCGGUUCCCAGGGUCCCUACUACUGCGGUGUCGGUACCGGCAAGGUCUACUGCCGUGACAUCGUCGAGGCUCACUACCGUGCCUGCCUGUACGCCGGCGUCAACAUCUCCGGUAUCAACGCUGAGGUCAUGCCCUCCCAGUGGGAGUACCAGGUCGGCCCCUGCCCCGGCAUUGACAUGGGUGACCACCUCUGGAUGUCCCGCUUCAUCCUCCACCGCGUCGCCGAGGAGUUCGGUGUCCGCAUCUCCUUCGAGCCCAAGCCCAUCAAGGGUGACUGGAACGGUGCCGGUCUGCACUCCAACGUCUCCACCGCCGCUACUCGUGCCGAGGGUGGCAUGAAGGCCAUCGAGGCCGCCAUGAAGAAGCUCGAGGCCCGCCACGUUGAGCACAUUGCUGUCUACGGUGAGGGCAACGAGGAGCGUCUCACCGGUCGCCACGAGACCGGCAACAUCGAGAAGUUCUCAUAUGGUGUCGCCGACCGCGGUGGCAGCAUCCGUAUCCCCCGCCAGGUCGCCAAGGACGGCAAGGGUUACUUCGAGGACCGCCGCCCCGCUUCGAACGCUGAUCCCUACCAGAUCACUGGUAUCAUCGUCGAGACUAUGUGUGGUGGCCUCUAAAUGGACAUUCAUAAUCAUUUGGUCUUAGCGCUCCGAUACCCUCUCGGCAUCAACUGGGAGUUUGGACCUCGAGAGCGGCCGACUGCGUGAGGGAGCCUUCAUAGAUUUUCUCUGACCCGUGCCUUUUUUCCAUCUCUGCCGUUGCUUCUUUUCUGAACCCUAUCCUAUCCUUCUCUUCCCUGGCCCUUGGGUCCGCCUCCUGCGUUCAUCUUAUCUCCCUCGUUGCACUCGCCGAAUCUCUUGUUUUGUUUCUUCUCAAUCCAACCACCAACCAACCCCUUGGGUUAUGUGACACGUACAAUAGCAUAGAAUCAUUACAUGGAUGGAAAAUGAACCAUCGUUUGAGAACACCAC